UUUGAUUCUUUAUUAGGACUAAAUUUUUCAAAAUUUAAUCAAAAUUGUUCAAUAUAUUAAAAUUAUGUUUGGAGAGAAGGCUUUUGAACUUAUCAAAGAGCUGAAAAGAUCAACAAACGGCAACUUAUCAAUGUACAAUGAAGACAUAAUUAGGCAAGUUUUGAACGAGAUGAGAGUGUUGUUUGAAGAAAAUCAAAAAGAAGUAGCAGCAUCUGUGGAAGGGGAAGAAGGUUUAUUUUCAGGUGUACAGUUGCGUCAUGCUUGUCUUGAACGAAACAAAAGAUGUCUAUUAGCCUACAUUUACAAUCGUAUGAUGCAUCUGAAGACAUUAAGAUGGGAAAUUGGCAGUGUACUUCCAUCAGAAAUUAAAAUAAAUUUGUGUGAACAAGAGAUUCAAUGGUUUGCAACAUAUAGCAAGAUGUUCACAAAUUACAUGAUGACUGUGGCAGGUACUGGCAUCGAUCUUACUCAGAAUAUGGUUCCACCUAAAUCAUUGUUUAUAGAGGUGCGUUGUCUAAUGGAUCAUGGUGAACUAGUAACAGAAGAUGGAACUGUCAUACUUCUUAAAAAAAAUAGUCAACACUUUCUACCCACAUCCCAGUGUGAACAUCUUAUACGUCAGGGAAUAUUGGAACACAUUACAUCAUAGAAUUGUGAACGUUUGUAUGGAUUCGAAUAAAAAAUAAAAUAUUAAACUCCUCUCUAAAUGUAAACCAAACAUCUAAACCUCGGCGUUAAACUUGGUAUCAGGAUUUUUGACAACUUUUAUUAGAAAAGAAUUAAAACAUGGUAUCAGUCUUGUUUGUAAUCAACUCAUUCAUAUUAUAAAAAAAGUAAAGAAAAAAAUUUGGUAUCAAAGCUGUUUGAAAAAAUUUGCUAUCAAAGCUCUGUUUAAAAAACGUAGUAUCAGUCUAUUUAAUUAAAAAUCGAUAUCAAAACUUAAAAAAAAACUUGAUCUAAAAACUUAAAAAAAAAGCUUAGUAUUAAAAACCUGGUAUCAAUCUUGUUUGUAAUCAACUCAUUUUAUGAAAAAAAAUGUUGUAAAUUUUGUUUG